AUGAGUCGAACAGUCUUCUGCUCGUUUAGCUUUUAUCUGCUGCUUUUAUUUUGGUCAAGCCUGCUAUCUUAUGGUUCAGUUGCUUCUGCCAGUUCUGUGCUCAAAAGCAAUGAAACUGAUAAACUUGCACUGCUUGAAUUCAAGGCUAAAGUAGCUCAUGAUCCUCUUCAAGUUUUGAGCUCAUGGAAUGAUUCCAAUCUUUUUUGCCAAUGGGAGGGUGUUACAUGCAGUCGGCGUCACCAAAGGGUGACCAAAUUACGUCUUCCUCAUUCAAAAUUGGAGGGGUCUCUAUUGCCAUCUAUUGGAAAUCUGAGUUUUCUUAGAGUUUUGAAUCUCAAUAACAACAGCUUCCGCAAUGAAAUCCCUCACGAGAUUGGCUAUUUGUUUAGGUUACAAUAUUUAAACCUACAAAAUAAUUCAUUCAGAGGGGAAAUUCCUAGCAACUUAUCAGGUUGUGCCAACCUUGAAUGGUUUAGUGUUGGCAAUAAUAAGAUGGUAGGGAAACUUCCAGGGGAGCUUGGAUCUUUAUCAAAGCUUCGUGGACUCUAUGUAUUCAGCAACAAUCUAACAGGAGAAGUGCCUAUUUCCUUUGGCAAUUUGUCAUCUCUUGAGAUACUUUCAGCAAGUAUAAAUCAAUUUGAAGGAAGAAUUCCAGCAACACUUGGUCGGUUGAAAAGGAUCAAGGUUAUGGCAUUUGGAGGAAAUAAGCUAUCAGGUACUAUUCCUCCCUCAAUCUACAAUAUAUCUUCGCUUGAGGAAAUCGAUUUUGAGGUGAACCAACUUAAAGGGAGUCUUCCCUUAGACUUAGGCUUCACUCUUCCUAGCCUUGUAGUAUUAAGUGUUGCUACCAACCAAUUUACCGGACCCAUUCCUCCUUCAAUAUCAAAUGCCUCAAAUCUAACGGCACUUGCUAUUUCAGACAAUAGAUUUAGUGGAAAGGUGCCCACAUUCGAGAACCUACAUAAACUACGAAGAAUUAAUAUUUAUUCUAAUCAAUUAGGACAUGGGGAAGAAGAUGACUUGAAGUUUCUCAAUUCUUUGCAAAAUGCUACGACCUUAGAGGAAUUGGAUAUUAGUUAUAACAACUUUGGAUGUAUCUUGCCAGACAUUAUAGGAAAUUUUUCGACCCAACUCAUAUCACUAUCGGUUGAUAACAAUCAAAUGUUUGGAAAAAUCCCAAUAGGAGUGGGCAAUCUUGUUAACUUUGAGGUUUUAGAUCUAUGGAUGAACCAAUUCACGGGCUAUAUUCCCAGCAGUAUUGGGAAUCUUCAAAAGCUACAGACUUUGCAGGUCCAUGGGAACAAGUUCUCUGGGGAUAUACCAUCUUCUCUAGGCAAUCUAACAUUGUUAAGAUGGCUUAGAUUAGACAGAAACAACUUACAGGGGACCAUUCCAUCAAGUCUUGGGAGAUGCACUAAUUUAGAAGAUUUAGAUCUCUCUCGUAACAAUCUAAGUGGUACCAUACCUCCUGAAGUAACUAGUCUCUCAUCCUUGUCAAUUUAUCUUGAUCUAUCUCUAAACCAAUUGACUGGUUCCCUACCCUCAAAUGUUGGUAACUUUACAAAUCUAGGUGUUCUAGAUAUAUCUGAGAAUAAAUUGUCUGGUGAAAUUCCUGGUAGUUUAGGCAGUUGCGUUAGCUUGCAACAACUAGCCAUGGAUGGUAAUUUCUUUGAAGGGAAUAUCCCAUCAUCUUUGAGUUCUUUGAGAGGCAUUGAUUAUCUUGAUCUUUCAUCCAAUAACUUGUCUGGCCAAAUACCCAAAUAUUUAGUGAACUUUCCCUUUUUGAUGAACCUAAAUUUAUCUGACAACGACUUCGAGGGUGAGGUACCAAUCGGUGGAGUCUUCAACAACGCAAGUGCAAUUUCACUUUCGGGAAACGAUAAACUUUGUGGUGGCAUAACUGAGUUACAUUUAUCCAAGUGUCCCGUCAAAGGAUCAAAGAAAACUCGGUUUGUUUCAAAAAAAGUGAUAAUUCCUAUAGUUGUUGGAAUUUUGUUGUUGACUAUGAUGUUAUGUUUGAUAAUUAUUCGCUGGUGGAGAAGAACGAAAAGGAAUUCCUCUUCUGCAUCACCAUUGUUGGCUUCACUUCUACAAGUGUCCUAUGAUAAUCUGCUGAAAGCAACUGCUGGUUUCUCUUCAGAAAAUUUGAUCGGUUCAGGGAGUUUUGGUUAUGUGUAUAAGGGGAUCCUAGACCAUAACGAAAUGGUAGUGGCAGUGAAGGUUCUCAACCUUCAACAUCGAGGAGCUUCUAGGAGUUUCUUGGCAGAAUGUGAAGCCUUGAGAAGUAUCAGACAUCGAAAUCUUGUCAAAAUAAUAACUGCUUGUGCAAGUGUUGAUUUCCAAGGAAAUGAUUUCAAGGCUUUGAUCUAUGAGUUUAUGGUUAAUGGGAGCUUGGAGAAGUGGUUGCAUCCCAAUGUAACUACAGAUGUAUUACAAGAGGCGCCCAGGAAUCUAAACUUUCUACAAAGUAUUGAUAUUGCUAUCAAUGUUGCUUGUGCAGUGGAUUAUCUUCAUAACCAUGGCCAAACACCAAUGGUUCAUUGUGAUCUCAAGCCAAGCAAUGUUCUUCUUGACGAUGAGUUGACAGCACAUGUAGGUGACUUUGGAUUGGCAAGAUUCCUUCUAGAGGGCACCCAUAGUCUUUCAAGUAAUCAAACAAGCUCCAUUGGUGUAAGAGGAACUGUUGGUUAUGCUGCUCCAGAGUACGGUAUGGGAAGUGAGGUUUCAACUCAGGGUGAUGUGUACAGUUAUGGAAUACUCUUAUUGGAGAUGUUUACAGGGAAGAGGCCAACCGAUGAGAUGUUUAAUGGUGACAUGAAUCUUCAUGAUUUUGUCAAGGCAGCUAUCCCUGAACGAGUCAUUGAAAUAGUAGAUCCAAUUCUUCUUCAGGAAACAGAAGAAGGACAAACAAGCUUGAGAAGUCACAGUGUUCGGGAGUGCUUGAUUGCGAUAUUUGGAAUUGGAGUCACUUGCUCUUCAAGGUUGCCGAGUGAAAGGAUGAACAUGGAUGAUGUUACAACCCAACUGCAUUCUAUCAAAAACAAACUUCUACAAACUCCAAGACGGGGUCAAAGGCUACUGUAACUAUAUAAGUAAUUUUCUUGCGUUUCAUAAUUAAAUAUGCUAUACAACUUUAGAAUAAGUUUUGUUAAACAAUGUUCAACUCGCAAUAUGUUAUAAAUGGGUGUAAUUUUUUUUUUUUUCACUCAUAUAAUAAAUAAAU